GUGCAUUAGUUACACCGAAGGAAAAGUAAGGUCCAAAGCAGGCUACAAUGAAACCUACUUCAGAGAACUGCUGAAUAUGGUCAAUGAGUGGCUCUAAGAGGAGGAUGUUCGGAAACUUCCCGCUACCCUUUCCUUUGAGACUGACCUGAAAUUUCUCAUUUUGUGGAAGGUGGCUUAUGCCUUUCAGAAGAUGAAUUAAGAUUUUAUCAAAUGAAAUUAUCCUCAGCAACAUGUGGAACAGCUGAAACCUCAGUAUCUCUCCAUAUUUAAAUAUCUUUCUUUGAAGAAGGAUUCCUGUGAAAACAGGGUCCAGGAUUUCUGUGAUCGGUGUCUGAAACCUGCCCUGAAAGAUUAUGUUAAUAACAGACUUGGAAUGGAAAUAUCAGAUGACUUUCUCAGCAGGGGGAAGUCCACUGAAUACAGCAGCCGGAGUGUCUUCCACUUCACAGUGCAGAAGAAGCUGCUGAAGGAGAUGAACUUUGACAACUAUGUAGAAUACAUUAAUAACUAUGAAAAAUUUGUGACAUCCUGGAUGUGGAUAUAUCUGUUAGACAACUACUACCAGUCGGAGGGCUUGCAAGAUUUGGAGAAAGAGAUUCUGUCCACAAUAAUAAAGAAAGUCAGGGAUGCACUGGAAAUGACCAAAGAUAAAAAGACUAGAACAGUCUGUGCAUUUUUAUUCCAUUUUUGUGAGAUGAUACAGAAGGACCUAGUCAUCCCCAGUUACAGUUUAGUGGGCGUAUGGGCUCUCAACACAACAGACACUGAGAGUUUCUUUGCUUGUAUUCAGUCCUUCCUUCCUGAUCUAGAACAGCAAAUCUUAGCUGAAUUUCAAGAUUUGGAAGUUGAGUCUAAAUUCUCCAGUCUGUUAGUGAAGCCCCACGAUGAAAUCUUUAAGCGAGUGUUUGGCUGCGGGAAGCAGUGCCCAUUCUGUAAAGUCCCUUGUGAGGCAGACGGCCGUCAUCACAGGGAGCAUUUUGCAUCAGUGCAUCGUCCUCAAAGCCUACAGAGAUUCGGGAAUAGCCAUGCUAAAAAGCUUCAUUAUUCUUUAUGCUCCACUGAUGUGCUUUACAAUGACAAAUUCCAAAAUUCAGACACAGAAUGGAAACUUCAUCCUUACAAAGAUUAUCGUGACUGUUACCCAAACUGGUAUAUCCAGCCUGAUCCCAGCAUCGUGGCUUCUGAUUACUGGAAGUUUGUUUUCAAGGAAUUCAAUCACCAGUUUGCUAGAGAGUACGAUGCUCUGCCUGCUGAUCUCCCAGAGGAGUGGGGGGAAAUAACCAAAGAGCUGGCACUGGAGAGCAUUAAAAAAAGUGUUUAUGAUGAAAUAGCCCAAUUGGUGAGGAAGUCUGUAUAAGUGAGUUCUAUUUAUAUGAGUUAUAUUUUGACAGAACAAUGAAGAAUAAUUCCUUUUUUCCUUUUUUUUAAAGGAAGCAAAUAGAGCAUGUGAUGUAAAAUAUGUAGUUCUUUUUCUAUGGAGAAACAAAUAAAACUCAUGAUUCCUAAGGAAGAUUAAUAAGGAAACUGAUUUUUUUUCAAUACAAUUUCAAUCACCUGUCAAUUUAUGCUACAAUUAAAGGUGAUUGAAAUACCCUAAAUGAACAUUUCCGAAUAUGUGUUUAAUGAUUAACCACAUUAGUUA